AUGAUUUCCUUAAAGGUUGUUUCCUGCCUUCUACCUAAAUCAUGGAGUACCCUCUUGAGUGUAUGUGUUCUUGUCUUAACAACAGGAAAAAUAUGGCUUUUUCCAUGGAAUUGUGGGAUUUGUGUGGGGUUGACGCCCUGGUCUCUCUGCAGGAACAAGCACAUCAUGAUUGACUUGGGCACCGGCAACAACAACAAGAUUAACUGGGCCAUGGAGGACAAGCAGGAGAUGGUGGACAUCAUAGAGACUGUGUACCGCGGGGCACGCAAAGGCCGCGGCCUGGUCGUGUCUCCCAAGGACUACUCCACCAAAUACAGAUACUGAGCACAGGAGCCACAGUCUGCGGACAGACGUGGAGCUGCUUUCACAUGGAGACGUUUCAAAUUAUUUAAAGCCUUUGGAAAAGUACAUGAAGCUCAAGGGCCGGAGGAUCACCGAGAUAGGAUUGCAGGGCCUUAACUAGCUGAAAUAAACACGCCGUGAUAGCAGUCGUAAUUGUGCUUAAGAAACUUCAUGUAUAGAUGACUGAUUGUGGUAGUCAAAGUGAAUUCUUAUCUUUACCCUUGGAGUGAGAUUAAGGUGUUUACCCUAGGAGGCUCUUACAUUUCUU